AUGGAUCAGAUAUUUGGAAAGGAGUUAAGUGAAACAACUGCCCGAAGUGGAGAACUGUCUCCCUGUACAACCUGUGGAAGAAGUUUUGCACAAGAUGCUCUGCUGAGACAUGAGCCAAUAUGCAAGAAAGUCUUCAACAAGAAGCGCAAGCCCUUCAACUCUUUGAAGCAGAGACUGCAAGGAACAGAAAUCCCUACUGUGAAGAGGCAGCCUCUGCAAAAGAAACAACCAGGGAAGAAAUCUAACUGGAGGCAGCACCAUGAGGAUAUUAUUAACGCUAUUCAAUCAGCCAAGCAGGUCACAAAAGCUCUGAAAGAGGGCCGUCCUCUUCCUCCUCCUCCCCCACCAAGCAUCAACCCAGACUACAUUCAGUGUCCACACUGCUCACGAAGAUUUAAUGAGGCUGCAGCAGGGAGGCACAUGAAGUUUUGUGAAGAACAAGCUGUCCUCCGUGCCUUUGCCGCGAAGACCACCGGACCAAAGGCUUCGGGCAAGGAACCAGUGACUCAGAGAAAACCUCCAACCUUAACCUCUGUGCCAGUGCCUCAGAAGAGAGUACAAGAAGGAGCCAGUACAGACAAACCUAGGCCAGAGGGCUCUCCAGGAAUGCUGCAGAAAACCAGAAAAUCUGUGGGUGUAUCUGCCAGAAAAAAAGCUUCAGGAGAGUCUGGCAGCUCUAUUUCAAGUAAGCAGUGA